UCAAAGAUAUAAUGUUAACAAGCUACAUGCAAUUUAAAACUCAUGUUAUUAGCUAGCUAGCACCUCCCUCCAAUAACUUCGUUUUCUAGUUGUAUAAUCGCAUGGGGGUAGUUUAGCUAGCUAGCAAACUAACUAGGCAGUUACGUGAGCUGGCUUACGCUAGCUAACGUUAAUGCUAACUUUGCAAUCAAGACAGAGGGACUAGAUCACUAGCUAGCUAACGUUAGCUUUACCAGUUACAAGCUCCACCAUGUUCCACGGGGAACGGGCUCCUCUUCCAACCUGUGGAGGCGGUCUGCUCCGCGGUAACCGCACGAGGUCAUACGGCAGUCUUGUACAAUCCAACCUUUCUCCGGUACGACAAAGACGAAUUCAACACCAAGUUCAACCAGGAGAGACGUUGCAAGGACUCGCGUUGAAAUAUGGAGUAUCUAUGGAACAAAUCAAAAGAGCAAAUAGACUGUACACGAAUGACUCAAUAUUCCUAAAGAAGUCUCUUUCUAUCCCUGUGCUGUCAGACGACUACAGUGAUGUUAAUAAUGGGGUAGAUGUGACUGAGGAGGACUCAGGCCAGGUACAGGACAGUACAAGUAAAGAAGGCUCUACUCAAAAUGGGAAGCCAGUGAACAACUCUGAAAAGACACAAGAAGAAAGCACAUCAGAACUUUCUCCAAUGGAUUUCUUGAAAAGGAUGGAUGGUAUGAUCAGCCAGGCCAAGCAAGCAGCUGUGAAAAGAUGCCAAGAGGGAGAGAAACGAUUGACGUCUUUGGAAGCAGCUUGUACCAGCAAGACAACAGACCGUCGAUUUACGAGGUCAAACAGUGUCACGGUCACCUCCUCUCCCAGAAUGCAUCAGCAAGCCAUACUUGGGGCAGUGCCCAUCACCAAAUGCACCAAGAAACUGAGAGAAAGAGAGGAUGAGAUCUUUGAGUUGUGAUUUAAUUGCCUCUGUCAGGCAGAUCAUGGGACACAUGUACUAAUGCAAAAGUCAAAGGGAUUGACCUCCAAGCUAAUCUGGCAUUACAGAUUUAGGACAGUUCUGAUUUUCACUGAUGAGUAACCUGCUGCUCUAUGGACUAGGUACUUGAAAGUUGGUCCUUAGCACUGUUGAUAUAAUUGUUUUUGCUGGGAGGAUGAGUUUAAUUUGGACAUAUAAGAAGACUUCUUAUUAAGCAAGUAAUGAACUAUUACCAAGUUAUUUAAAGUUGUAGUACAUUGAUUACAUAUUAUAUAUUUGCCAUGUCCAGAACAGCACUGUCUGGUUGUCCGUUUACUACAGAAAAUGAGAGUCAGAAUGUGGUACUUUGUUGAGUUGUGUUUGUAUGUUAGUGUGAUCAUGUAACUCUCCAAGUUAUGCGCCUUUAAAUGUAUUUAUGUUUGGCGACAGGCGCUAGAUCAUGUGAGUUAUCCUACCUCGUAGUGUCUUAUGCAAUGUCAGAAAUGUGAGAAAUAUGCAAGUCUUGGAGAACCAAUAGAAGUUGACUAUACAUUUUGUAUUUAUUAUUGAAGCCAAUGUGAGUUGGCAUAGCGUAGUCUUCAUCGGGUGUUUGUGACAAUUAUGCAAUGAUGUACAUAUUUAUUUUUAGAAGAAUGCUGAGCAUUGCACUUUCUUUAUCUGAUCUUGGCACUAGGUUGUAGUCAGUGGUAAGGUUGCCUUGGUAUUUAAUUUAAUUUUGCCAACCAUGAUUUAUGGAUGUAUUGUUACAGUACCGAAUUGGCCAUACUCAAUCAAAGUGAGGAACUUGUUGUAUCUCCUUGCUAUUUCUAGGGAAAGGCAAAACGAAAUUCCUCUGGUAUAGGUUCCUUUUUGUUUCACACUGUAAACUUUUCUGCGGUUUAAAUAAAUCCAGAGGUGUA